UAUGCUAAACUGGAGUACGAAUCUGUUACGGACACAUAUGAACAUGUAGGCUCCGCUAUGAAGUUCCUACAGCUAAUGCAGUAUCUGGAAGUUAUGCAUCCAAUGUUUGGAUAUACUAAGGGUGGUGUGUUGGUACCAUUUUUGCAAACAAGUGGUCGUGCAUUUGUAUUGUUUGUAAUGAUAGAGGCUGAACCCAGAAUGCAGACGAAACCUGUUGUGUUCUAUUUGUUCUUAAUAUGGGGUCUAAUUGAAGUUGUCAGGUAUCCAUUCUACAUAACUCAGAUAUACAAGAAAGAGAUUUAUUUACUGACAUGGUUACGCUACACUCUAUGGAUACCACUCUAUCCAUUAGGAAUACUCUGUGAAUCCAUUGUUAUUCUACGCAAUAUCCCAUACUUUGAAGAGACACAGAAGUUUUCAGUAUCAAUGCCUAAUGAAUGGAACUUUGCAUUCCAUUUACCCUCUUUAAUGAGAGUAUAUCUUUUAGUUUUGACAUUCCCCGGAAUGUUUUUCGUUAUGAGUCACAUGCAUAAACUAAGAACGGUUAAACUUAAACCAAAGGUAAUUAUAAAGAAAUCUAAGUAAAUGUUAAAUAUAUCGGUGGUAUGCAAUUUUCUGAUUUGGUUAUUUAAAUUUUUAUGUAAUAUUCAAUUGAUUACAUCAAGAAGCAUAAAUCUAUUUGGCAUAAACAAUUCUGUGUUUUUCACAGAUACCAAAGUUUGUGUGUGUAUUUUGUUUAUGUAUUCUUAAAUUUAAUCAUUUCAUAACAUGGGGAAAUGGUUCAGUUAACUGUGUGAUUUUUUUUUUAGUAAAUAAAAUUAAUUUGUUUAAUCUGUGGUUUGUGCAUUUAAAUCAAAGACAUUAUGUCUUCAAUUAUAGGUGACUUUUUUUAAAAUAUUAUUCAAUUCCGGACAGUGCAAUUAACAAUAUUAAAAGAACAAAUCUUUUAGUUUAAUCUUAAUAAAUAUUUGAAACUGUAAUUAUGAUGAGCUUACAGAAAUGUGUUUCUAAGUUUUCUAAAAGUGUAUUUGAAUUUUAAUUGUAAACAUGUGUUUCCACUGCCAGAACAUCUGUACAAAACUCUUUCAUAUGCUAU